AUGUCACAAUUCACGGUUCUCUACUUUGCAUCAGCCAAGGAUGCCUCCAAGGCCGAGGUUGACAAAUUCGAAUGGUCCUCUGAUAUCAAUGCCCAAGUCCUGACACGGCUACUUGUGGAGCGUCACCCUGCGCUCGCCCCUAUUCUCAAGACAUCCAUGUUUGCAGUGAACAUGGAGUACAUGGAUCAAGAUCAGUCUUGGACCGUCCAGCCUGGGGACGAGGUCGCUGUCAUUCCUCCUGUUAGCGGAGGUUAA